AUGAGCGCUCUGACCUCCGCCGUCCGCCCUACGCUGGCCAAGCCUUGCACGGCUUCGCGCGCUCGCGCUCAGGCCCGCGUCGCCUCGCGCACCGCCCGCCCGGCGCCCCGCCAGGCCGUCGUCGCGGCCGUGUCGCCCGUCGAGGUUGCGCAGGUCGCCGGCGAGGCCGGAUUCAUCGGGGGCACGGCUGCUACCAUGUUCGGCAUGACGCUGGUCGGCCUGGCCCUCGGCUUCGUGCUCCUGCGCGUCGAGUCGCUCGUCGAGGAGGGCAAGAUCAACCUCUAA